CACCACCACUUUCCAAUUGUCAAUCAAACGACGUCAGCUUGUGCUCUGCAGGUGCAGGGAGAGAGCUGCUGCAUUGGUGCACUAAGAGCUGAAGAAAACACAGAGAGAUGGCAUCAGCUACAGAUUCUCGUUACGGGCAGAAAGAGUCCUCCGACCAGAACUUUGAUUACAUGUUCAAGAUCUUAAUUAUCGGGAACAGCAGCGUGGGCAAAACCUCCUUUCUCUUCCGAUAUGCGGACGACUCCUUCACCCCGGCAUUCGUCAGCACGGUGGGAAUAGAUUUCAAAGUGAAAACCAUUUACAGGAAUGACAAAAGAAUCAAGCUGCAGAUUUGGGACACUGCAGGACAAGAGCGAUACAGGACAAUCACCACUGCCUACUACAGGGGGGCCAUGGGCUUCAUCCUGAUGUAUGACAUCACCAACGAGGAGUCAUUCAAUGCUGUGCAGGACUGGUCAACUCAGAUCAAAACAUAUUCUUGGGAUAAUGCACAAGUUUUACUUGUUGGAAACAAAUGUGACAUGGAAGAUGAGAGGGUGGUGUCUUCUGAGCGAGGAAGGCAACUGGCAGAACACCUGGGUUUCGAAUUCUUCGAAGCCAGUGCCAAAGACAACAUCAACGUGAAGCAGACUUUUGAGCGUUUGGUGGACAUCAUUUGUGAAAAGAUGUCAGAAAGCUUGGACACAGCUGACCCAGCAGUCACUGGAGCUAAACAAGGACCCCAACUCACUGACCAGCAGGCCCCACCACACCAGGACUGUGCCUGCUAGAGAAAGCCACCUCCCCUCAUAAACACACACACAGUUCCACGUCCAUAUCCCUACCUCCCGUAGAGUGGCGACUUCACUGACCUUGAAUUCUGCAUAUCGUCUGGAGAUGACUCUUUAUCUGUUACAACCUUUUUAGUUAGAAUAUAUGUAGCAAAGAAAGAGUUAAUAUUGAGUGGUUGGAAAAAAAAUUAUUUAAAAAAAAAUUAUAUACAUAUAAAUUAUAUAUCUAUAGGUAUGUAUAUGUAAGAGAGAGUUACAGCACUGAGUGGGUACACCAGCAGGGUUAAUCACUUAUCUGUGAAUUGUCAAGAAUUCACCAGGAGCCUAGAGUCUUUAAAUAACUUGUGAAUUCGCAUCAGUUCAUGGCUUAGUGGAUAUCCCUGUAGAGAAAUGCUUGGAGAAAUUCCUACUUUUAAUAUUCAAGUUUUUCUUUUUCUUUUGAGAGUAGCUUGACUUUGUUUUAUAUUUUAAAGUGUGUUCGUAUAUUGUCAAGCUCUCUGUGAAUGGAGAUUCCCUGUACAAAGCAAAAUCAGAAUUAAGUUUUGAAUAUUGCACCCUGUGUUUUAGUGUAUACGUUAUGACAAUAGAAGGGGUGCAAGAAGGCUAUAAUGUGCUGACCUUUAUUGUCAGAGCAUUUGGAAUCACACAUAAGCAAUGGAAAAGUCUGUUAAAGGAUGAAGUAUGCAUGUUAUUUAUGAUCUGGCGUAUCCUCCGCUGUGUGCAUAGGUAUAUACUAUAUAUUAAUGUUGCUCAAAGAAACUGUGUCGUUUGUAACAACUGCAAGUAUCUCUUGUUUUCAAUGGCAAAAAUUACCAGAUCUGCACAUAUAUUUAUAUUUUUUACAGAGCCUUGCAAUGUAAUAUGUUGAACAAGGUGUUCUCUGGAAUACACAGGUGACUUUGUACUGUAGUGGAUUUUUUUCAAACAUUUCUAUAAUCUACCCACCAGAAUGCCUGUAACUUUGUCCGCAUGAUAAUGAAUGUUCUAUAAAUCCACACAAAAUUGAUUUCUGUGUGUGUGUGUGCGUGUGUGUUCAAACACUACCAUAUUGUAACUCUUUCACCACUUUUUUGUGUUCAGAUUAUUUAUAUAUAUAUUUUAUUAUACUUUGUUUUUCUUGUGUCUGAAUCUGCGAUCCGUAUGUGAGACGUUAUCAUUCUAGCUUAAUGGAGUGCAGUUCCAGCUUCCCGCCACAAGAGGGCAGCUGCUUGCCUGUUUAUAGAGAAGUUCAGUGGCCAGUAAUCCGUCAUUUUAAUGUUCCACCAUUAGGCGGUGAUAGAAUCUUAUCCUUUAAAUAUUCUAAUUCUACAGUAUAUUAUUUUUGAUCUAAAGUAUUUAGUUAGUCAUAUAAAAAUAUAGCAAAUUGUAUGUUGAAUAUCAUAUGCUUUUUAAAACUGCAUUGAAUAGAGUGCUGUGAAUUUCCCCUGCAAUUUUUGUCAACGUAGAUAGAAUAAAACAAGUAAAAAUAGGAA